AGCUGUUGUCCAGGGUGCUACCGAAGUGAUAGCACUCGGGAGUCUUCUCACCUUCCACCCUCCUCGAGGGGCGGAGAUGGCGUCAUACUAGCCAUAGGUGAAAUUAGACAGACAGAGAGAGUGUUCCCUCCCCCACACCUAUGUUGUACCGUACAUGCAAAGAAAGCUGUGGAAAAUAACGUAGUAGAAUUGAGGGCUAAUUGGAGAUGGUAGAUACACUGACGGAGGCCACACCUCAAGGAGAGGGGACAGGGAGGUCUCCUCCCGUUGUUCCGCAGGCGGGGAGAGAUUAUUGGGAGGAUGAAGAUAGAAUUCGAGACAUGCUGCAAAUGUGCUUUGACAAAGGGAUUUACCCAACGGAGAUUGACCCUGUGGAGAUGAUAAUGGAGGAAAGGGAAGUGAGGUUUAAAUUGAAUGUAUCAUUGGAUGAGAUCAAAGUCAAAUGGUUGAAGGAACGCACGGUGACUGUCAUCUACAAAGAUGCGGCAAGGUUUCUCCCGAAAAACAUUAAGGAUGAUCUCGUGAGGGCGUUUGAAGAUGGCUGGGUCAUAGGCAACGAGAACCUAGGGGGGAAUGUAAGAAGAGGGAGAGUGAAGAUAGAGGGCCCAGGAGUAGCAUCGUAUGUAGCGAAGGCACGGGAGGUGGUGGAGUUCAUGUUGGCAGAAGGUCAAGUGGACAUCAAAAUUGGAGCAGACACAUACAAGAUUUUGCUUAAGCCGUGGAUGACGCGCGCGGAGUUCCGAGACCUGAGAAGACGAGGACGAGAGCGUGUUUUGGGCAUCCAGCGGCAGAGCAGCUUGCUGCCAUUCGAGAGGAAGAAGAGGAGUAAGAAAGCACCGAGAGUGACGAAGGAGAAGACGAGCGGGAAGAAAGUGAGGAAAGCGACGAAGUACUCGGGGAAGAGGACGAAACCCCCGAAGAAGGAAGCUAUAGCGAGCAUAGUGAGGGGGAGCAGAGCGAAGAAGAAGAAGAAGAAGACGAAGGAGAAGAGGAGAACGAAGAAGGACCUGCGGAAUCGGAGUGGGAAGUUGUGCCGGAAGAAGCGCUGCGCACGGGCACGGAGGCUGAAGAUCCGGAGGCGGCCCGCAAAAGAGAAGAAGUCACGGCAGGGAGGAGGGAACUAGAGUUCGCGAGCGGGGCAAGCUUGCACGUCCACGA